GCCUCCUAGAGCGCAGAAUCGACGGAGGGUCGCGAAUGUCGGCUGGACGGACGGACGGAUAGAUGGCCGGUUGAUCGGAGGGGAAUGAAACGCUAUUGCAUCGCUAAAUAUAAUACUGCGAGGCACGCGUUUCUAGUACUGUGAGUAUUGUAUUAUACGCGGCACGGGGACGGCAUGACGGCGAUCAUCGUUUAAGACCAUUCGACGUGUAUAUCAUCGUCUUCAUCGCCUUUGACGGUAAUCGCACGGAUACCGCGAACACCGCGUAUCUCUAAAAGCGGCCGGUGGAAAACGGGGUGGUGAAGGGGGGUUUUCCCAGGCAGAAGUGUCAGCAAAUAAGGAUCCGCAAAAAUGAGUAUCCAGAAGCCUGAAGAUCUUUUAUCGGUGGUUAUAUCAACUGAUCUUCCAUCAUCUCCGAAUUCCCGACAGCUAUUUAUAAAUCAGGAUCAACAGGACGAAGAAGCUUCUGAUUGCCCUUUAUUAACACCAAGUCCACCACCUAUCCAAACAGACAAAACUCUACAGUCAGCGCCGAUAUUUAAUACUCUGGAAGGAGCCUCACUGGAAACGAUACCUACGCCGACGCUUGAAAAUAUUAAUACGGAAGACGGACUUAACUUCAUGAAUAUAGUGAAUAGUUCGAGCAAGCCUUUGAACGAUGAGCCGAGUUCACGUGAUCCCAUGUUGGAAUCUACUAGCAGCAGCGGUAGCAGCAGCGACACAAAUGAACCCGUUUGCGCUCAAUUAUUAACACAGUUAAAUACUGCCUAUCAACAUCUUGCACCGGAUGCUCAAGCUUUAUUUUACAACCAGGAGAACGGUGGCAAGCCACCGCUCGUUGGGAUUCAGUUAGUGGUGCCGAAACCGCCCAAAGAUUAUCGUUUUAUGAAAUGGAACUGGCCAUUGAUACGAAAAACGUGCUACUGGUCGCUGAUGUCGAUCUUGACUGGAUGCGCCGCCCUCGUUAUCGGUGUUAUCGCUACGAUGCCCAAGAAGUGCGACCCAUCGGUGGAAUGGUGGCAAGGUAGCACCUUUUACGAGAUAUUUCCAGCGUCUUUUCAAGACUCGAUGAAAGGCGCCGACGGGAUUGGCGAUCUGCGCGGAAUAACCAUGCGGUUGGACUACUUAAAGGGGCUCGGAGUGCGAGCCAUUCGACUAAAUUCCAUAUUUCCCGCCUCGCACUAUCCGGAGUAUUACUCGAAUAUCAGUAACAUGACGGACGUGAAUAGAGAGCUGGGUACGCUGGAGGACUUCUCCGUUCUCGUGCGCGAGGUCCACAGGCGAAAUAUGAGCUUGAUACUUGAUCUGCCUCUAUAUCCGUUCGUGAAGAGCGACCAAGCGGCAGCUGUUGCAAAAGUGAACGAGACCGAACAAACGUUCCGGGAUAAGCGAGAUGCUGCGAACGACGUAAUCAAUCGCGAAGUACUGCCGCCUGUGCCACCUGCCUCGGUUGAAGCUCUCCGUGAUGUUUUAUCGUCCGUGCCACCGCCGUUGGAAGAAACGAGGAGAUCGACACUUUCGCCUGGUCAUUCAAAUCGCCAACUGGAACACCCUGUUAGCAAGGCCAUAAAGAUUUGGCAGCAGAGAGGCGUGGACGGAUUCUAUCUGAAGGGUUUGGAGCAUUACGUUAACGAGAACACGUUUGCGAGCGAUCUCAGAUACUGGAGGUUCCUCCUGCAUCCGAGCAAUAUUCUGAUGUGUCACGUGAAUGUCUUGGACGCUGCCACCUCCGUCGUUGCGAAGAACUCCAUUCUGUCCAGAAUAGAUUUAAUCGAUGUAACUCUUCAUCUGGCGAACAGCACCAAGAACAUAAAGGCGCAAAUUGAGAGCAUUACGAAGGGUGUAUUUUUCGAAAAAGCCGCUUAUCCGUGGAUACACUGGUCUGUCGGCGGCGUGGACACAAACAGAGUGACUUCCACCUUAGGCGUCAGGAACGCCAGUGUGACGGCUUCUCUCCUCAACAUGAUGCUACCCGGGUCACCGAGUAUAUUCUACGGAGAUGAGAUAGGCAUUGAAGACUGCGAGUGUCAGGAUCACAAGGAUUUGGCGCAUGUGCACAAUUUAGUUCCUAUGUAUUGGGAAAAAAAGGACGGCGAUAGCAGUUUCUCGUCUAUAGGGAUUACAACCUGGUUGCCGGAAGCUGAGAAACCAGUGGAAACCAGUUUGAAGGGCACCGUUUCAGCAAUGGCAAAACUAAGGAUGGAAACGACACCGAUUUACGUUAAGGCGGUACUAAGAGAUAAUCAAAUUUCGGCGAAUUGUGAUAUUAGGUAUGUAGAAGAUGAAAUGAUCGUGAUUGAGCGAUGGUAUCCACGAAGAAAUUCUUAUGUGUUUGUAGCCAAUUUUGGUAACGAAACGCGCAAAAAGGAUUUGUCAUUCCUUUAUUAUGGCGGUCAUGUUGUUGUAGGACCAAAUUACAGAAUAAAUCGGGAAGUGUACUUCAAAGAACUUAGUGUACCGCCGGGAGAAGCGUUUAUUAUAAAAUUAGAUAAGUGAAAGCCUUGAUUAUGAAAUUAAUUUAGUGUUGAAUUAAAUCUUUAUUUUUUACUUUUAUCACAUGAAACAAUCGCUAGUGUCACUUGAACAUCAUUAAGAAUGUGGAUAUCUUGCAACGAAACAUUUGUACAAAAUUUUUAUAAAAUUUUUCUACAAAAUUUUAACAAUGAAAUUUUCUAAUUAUAAAACAACCAAAAGUAGAGAACUCUUGGUGAAUACUUUAGAGAUGGAAAUGAAGAACAGUAUUAUUUUUCUUGUAUUAUCAUUUUAUUAAUUGCAAGAAUGGACUUUUAAAGAAUUUGAAGUCUGUUUUAUUGUUAGUUACCAAGGCAUAAUAUCGAAAAUUAAGAAGUAGUAAAGAAUUUAUCUAAUCAAAAUUUUAUGAUAUCAGUAAUAUAUAUCUGUCAGUGAGAAAUUUUAUUAUUAUAUGUACUAUAAAGUAAUAUUUGUAAAUUUAAUUAUAUAUAUAUGAAAAUAUUAGACUUUUACAACGAAUUGUUACGCAUAUCAUCCACAUUAUGCUGAUAAUGCGAUUUUGUCUUUGUGAUUUUUUAAGAUGCAGCUAUUGUUGUAUUUAUUCUGAUUCUAGAAAUGCCAACAAAAAAAUAAGAAAUCCUAUCUUAUAUUCUACAGUUUUUUUUAUAAUAGAAUCAAAAAUUACUGUGCAAUAUAAUACAUUGUGACAAAACUGUUCACUAUUGUGACACUGCAUGUCUAUUUGUAGUAUGUUAAAACACUAUAAAAAUUUUUUAUUUAUUUAAAGUAUUAUUUUGAAUAGCCAUUUUGGUUACUUAAACAAUAUACUAUUAUAUCAUUUAAACGUGUUUAUCUUUGACAUCGAAUCGUACAAUACACGUACAAUUAUACAGUUUUUGGAUAAUUAUAUAGAAUAGAAAGAUUAAAUUAUAUUGGAUAUAUAUCUUUAUGGACUGUGUGAAUGCAAAGAA